UAUAAAUAGAGGUUUUGCAUGGGACACUAUACUCACCAGUUCUUUCUUCCAUAUAAAUUUUGAAUACAUUAUAUAUAACAAAAAUAGUAUUUUAAGAGAUCGUCGCCUACGAUGGCUUCAAAAGCAUUGCUUUUUUUAAGUCUCAUUGUUGUUCUUCUUAUAGCUUCUGAGGUGGUAGCCAGAGACCUCGCUGAGAAAUCGGCAGAGCAGAAAAACAAUGAAAGAGACGAAGUAAAGCAAACGGAGCAGUUUGGCGGGUUUCCAGGAGGAGGGUAUGGAGGGUUCCCGGGAGGAGGGUAUGGAGGAAACCCUGGUGGAGGAUAUGGAAACCGUGGUGGUGGAUAUAGAAACCGUGAUGGAGGAUAUGGAAACCGCGGUGGAGGAUAUGGAAACCGAGGAGGAGGAUAUUGUCGCUAUGGUUGCUGCUACAGAGGCUACUACGGUGGCUGCUUCAGGUGUUGUGCUUAUGCUGGUCAGGCUGUUCAAACUCAGCCACAGAGUACUGAGCCGGGUCACUAAAAGUCGUAAAAUGAUGCAUAUAUAUCAAUGAUUCCUCAGGCUGUAUAAAGGGAACAAUUAAGAUAUAGUAAUUACUAGGGUUGAAAAAGUCAUUACAAAGAUAAGAGAUUGGUUUGUACUCUAUUGCUUAUGUUUUAUUUUUAAGUUUGUGUUGUAACAAAGGGAAAAUGUCAAAAAAAGCCUCAACUUUCAAAUUUGGGAUGAAAAAAGCAUGAACUUUUAAAAUGUCAUUUUAAUCAUGAAGUGUUUGUUGAUUUCUCAAUAAAAUAGGUAAGUUUCGUUGACUGGGCCGUUUAAGACAUGCC